UGUUCUUACAAUUUCUAACACACCCUCUUUUGUGACAGAAACUACUUGAAGGUUUAUAGAUCGCUAGAAGACAGUAGUUAGCAGAGCACAGGAGCGCAACAAGGCAUCUGGUAACAUCACUGGAUGAUAAACACUAAAAUAAGAACCUGCCAGACCGGACACAGACAAGAUGUCUUGUAAUGUUGCUAAUGACUACAUAUUCUUGUGCAGCGCAGAGGAUGCGUGGGGCAUUGUACUGGAAACACUGGCUGCAGCUGGAGUUGUAUUUACAAUCGCCCUCAUGCUCGCACUUCUUAUUAUAGUACCACGUAUUUGUGACAAUGCCAAACGGGCUUUGGUUCCUAUUCAAUUCAUCUUCCUCAUUGGCACACUUGGAAUCUUUGGUCUUACAUUUGCCUUUAUCAUUAGACUUAAUAGACAGACCUGUCCAACACGUUUCUUUCUAUUUGGAGUCCUAUUUGCCAUCUGUUUUUCUUGUCUUUUAGUUCAUGCUAGUAAAUUAGUAAGACUGGUCCGAGGUGGACUGGGUAUGUCAUGGUGGGUAAUGCUAAUCACAGUCAUUGCCCUAUCAUUUGUGCAAAUUAUUAUAGCCAUUCUCUAUGUAGCAAUCUAUCUAGGAAGAAAUAUGGACCAAUGUGAUCUGGAUCAGGCAAAUCUUAGUGCCCGUAACAUUGACUUUGUGCUUAUACUUAUAUAUGUUUUGGCAUUGAUGGCUAUCACAUUUCUGGUAUCAAUGAUUAGUAUGUGUGGGCCUUGUAGAUACUGGAUACGACAUAGUGCCCAUAUUUAUGUAACAAUGUUUUUCUCAAUUGCCAUUUGGGUAGUUUGGAUUACCAUGUUGCUAAGAGGAAAUAUAUCUCUGGGCCGUGCCCCUCAGUGGGAUGACCCUGUGAGAGCCAUAGCCUUAGUAGCCAAUGGUUGGGUUUUCCUAAUUUUGUACAUGGUUCCAGAGCUUUGCUUGAUGACAAGACACCAACCAGAUUGUGCCAAACAGAUCAACCAAUCACAACCACAUCUUCUUCGGCAAACUGUUGGAGUAGACAAUCGAGUCUUUUCUCAGGAAGAUUUAUCCCAAGUCCAAAAUUCUGGAAGGAGCUCUCCAUCUUCUAUUCCACGGUUUGAUGCAACUCUAGCAAUGAGGGAUAUAGAACCUGCAAAGGAGUUCUCUAUACCUCGCCCUCAACAACGUCCGAACUCAUAUCUACAGUAUCGAACCCAUGACUUGACCCAAAUGUAAAUCUAUAUUGCACUGGACUUGCCCCUACUGUCUGCACUCCUGAGGUUGUCAUUGUCCUCCAGGAUAUGAAGCCAACAGCAUAAAACUAAGUACCAGGAGAAUAUAGAAACGCACAGUACCAUGUCCCCGAGAGAAUUGUUUCAGUAUUCUGACCUUGUUUUAGAUGCGUAAUAAAGGCAGCAAGCAAAAAAAAAGGUUAAAUCUGUAAAUUGCCAUUAUGCUACAAA